UCGGCGCUCAUUGCUUGUGGAGUUGUGGUGCAUUACGCAAUCCUUGGCAAGUGUGGAUUGCAAACUCAGCCAACCAGCCGAUUGAGGUUACAUUCUUCCAAUAGCUCAGACACCGUGACAGGAAGAUAGAUGAAGUGAAGGCCGAGAUGGGAGACAGUGAGGAGCCGAAACCGAAAAAUUGUUGACGUGAAGGACGAAUCGUGAUGUAUCUGUUAUUGUAAAGUAUUCUUAAUUGACCAGAUUAUUCCUAACACAUGGACACAACGAAAUUUUCAAUUGGGAACAUCAGACUUUCUCCCUCAUGAUGGACGGAAGGGUAAUGUGGUGAGUAACUUGUGUAACCAGCACUUCAUCCCCAGUCCUCUCAAGAUUGUCCGUGCCCAGAAACAGUACAUGACAGACAACAUGGGGGUGCAGUACCUGGAUUGUGUCUCUAAUGUGGUGCAUGUGGGCCAUUGUCAUCCGCAGGUGGUGGCAGCAGGCAAGAACCAGAUGGCGACUCUGGUGACAGCACAAGGUUUCAUCAACGACUCACUCUCUAAGUAUGUUAAGGAACUAACCAGCCACCUCCCAGACACCCUCAAUGUCGUGUAUCUUGUCAACUCUGGGUCAGAAGCCAAUGACCUGGCCCUCAGACUAGCCCGCUCCCACACCGGCCACAAGGAUGUCGUCGUGUUUGAUGAGGCAUACCAUGGAAACUUGGGCAACCUCAUAGAUAUAAGUCCCAAAAUGUUCAAGAGAAUGCCACAGGGGAAGAAGGAUUUUGUUCAUGUGAUACCUUACCCGGACACCUACAGGGGACCACACCGCAAUGACUCCUCAGGGUCAGCAGCAGCGGAGAAGUAUGUUAUGGAUGCGGAGCGUGUGGUGAUGCAGGCCAUACAGAACAACCGCAAGAUCAGCUGCCUCUUCACUGAGUGUGUGGUUGUCAACUGUGGUGUCAUUGUGCCCCCAAGAAACUACUUCUCCCUCUUGUACAACCUGAUUCGGGAGGUGGGAGGUGUGUGUGUUGCAGACGAGGUGCAGACUGCUCUUGGGAGGACAGGCGAGUGUUUCUGGGCCUUUGAGCACUAUGGUGUCGUGCCGGACAUUGUGACCACAGGCAAGCCCCUCGGUAAUGGCUACCCCAUGGCAGCUGUCAUCACUACUAGGGAAAUUUCAGAGUCCUUAGGGGAAUAUUACUCCACUUUUGGCGGCAACCCUGUGGCAUGUGCGGUGGGCAUGGCUGUGCUGGAUGUGAUAGAAAAUGAGAAGCUAGUACAGAGUGCCAAGGCAGUAGGAAAGACACUCCUGGAGAAUUUGCAGUUACUCAAGGCAAAACAUGAGUGUGUUGGGGAUGUGAGGGGCAUGGGACUCUGCCUUGCUCUUGACAUUGUGCAGGACAAGGCCUCUCGCAAGCCGGCCAGGGAACUUGCACAGACCAUUGUUCAUAGGGUGAAAGAGGACCACCACACCCUCCUCCAGGUGCAGGGUCCGGGCCACAAUGUCAUCACCAUCACACCGCCCAUGUGCUUCACGCAGCUCAAUGCGCGCAGCCUCACCACCGCCCUGGAUGAGGUCCUCGCCGCAUGCUCUCUCAGGAACAGGGAACAUCACUCUGACUUGACGAGUCACCCACUGGGCCUGGAUCGGAAUCAAGCUGUGCUCUCGUUGGAGGAACUGGAGGAACUGGAGGAAGAAGAGGUGAUGGGACCUGAGCCAAAGAGACCUCGCACUAGCUAUGAUGAUUUGGACUGAAUGUGUGUGAGUGUGUGUGUGUGUGGUUGGUGUUUUCUGUCAAGUCUCAAAUUGACCAGUGUUUCGUUCUAGUUUUCAAGUCAUGUUAUAUUUUUUUCUGAGUUUGUUCAUUUGUCAUAUACUUGGCUUGUCUCCUGAUGCUAGUGAGAGUUCAGCCAUGGGGAUCCCCAGAAAAUUUCAAAAUCUAGGAUCAAUAAAUGAGAUGAUGCAUCUCUCUCUCUCUCUCUCUCUCUCUCUCUCUCUCUCUCUCUCUCUCU